GCCGAAUUUGGGCAGUUAUCAUUAAUAUUAUGAAACCAAGUUGUUUAAUUUUGAUGAAGGACACUAGAACCGAUUUCAUUUUCUAACGAACACAGAUACCUCGGAUCUGACCGUCGACAGUCGUUUUGUCAGGAGGGUUCGCAACGCAUAUGCAGAUCUUCGAUCGGCAUACAAAGACACCACCUCAUUUUAAAUUUUAAAUUCUGUCCAAGGAAUUUACAAAGCACCGAGUUGCUUGGUCUGAGUUCCAUUUACGCGCAUGUGCUCACACUCUGAAUUUCUACAGCGAUCCUACGCCAGCCUAAUAUCUGCGAUGCCUCGCACGUCAGCCUUUUGAGCAGCAUCGCGAUCCAUCCAAGCAACUGUCCCUGAUCGGCGGUGACUAACAGGUCAUAUUUACGUACUGCGUUGGACCGAACAUCACUGCCAUGGCUAUCUUGUCUCCAAGAUGUCAAAAGAUGGGAGUCGUGGCACAGUAACGCCAUAUGUUACGGAUUUUUGCUAUUUCCGCUUCGCCUAUGUUUGGUCCUGCAUGAACGGCCGCCUCAAGUAGAACCGCUCCUUAACCCGGGACGGGAACAAGGCCCGCCGUCCACCUUUGGAGCGCACCAGUAGCAGUUAAAUGCGAACGCCGCAGAAUGGGCCCAAGCCGCGCUCCGCUUCGCCGCCUAACAAAACACGGCUCUCUUCCCAGCGAUGGAGCCUCAAGACAACUCCCAACAUUGCGGAGGACGCAAGUCUUGUAUGCGAGCUGCCCGACUGGGGAUAGUCCUUACUUCCCAACACUAUAUUGCAUGUCAAAAGAGUGUGCAUCCGAGCUGACAAUGGGCAGUAGUCAUCUGGUCAUCUUCGGCUGUAGAAGCUGUUAGUCCAGCAGCAGGAGAGUCUACUCGGAAUCAGUUCCGGUCCAAAGUGUGCUUACGGUUCCGAGUUCGAUGUAAACAGGAGGGCGUGAAGGAGCAAGUCGGCCACUAGCAUCUUCCCCGCACGCUGUGUGGAGGGCCGUAAAGUGCUAAACUCUCUUGUCACCAGUUCGGUAGUAGCCGAGCGCCAAGGGUUUUCUGCAGCAGCUUGAAAUACCGUCACGGCACAAUCGGGGCUCCGCGGGGUGCUGUCCCCCUCCUUCAAAACCGGGAGCGCUUCCGCAUCUCGUGUGGAGUUGAACUUUCCUUUCCGCCUGAUCUUUCCGUUACAAAUAGUAAAGCAGCCUGCAUUGCAUUGCUCUUGAUCGCCAUUAACUACACUUCAAAUCGCCCGCCAUGACCGCAUCUGCAUCGGCGCCGCCUCACCCAUUGGCCCCGCUCACCGAGGCCGAGUUCGCCAUCGCCCGGGACGCCAUCCUCAAGAGCCACGGGCCUUCGGAGCCUCUUUUCUUUAGAUCGCUGCAUCGCCAAGAGCCUACCAAGGCAGAACUUGUUCCCUUCUUGGAGCUGGAGCAUGCCGGCAAGCUCACAGAUGAAACCCCAAGACCACCUCGCCUCGCCGUCGUUGAGUAUGAUGUUAUCAAGAAGGAGAGUAGUGAUUAUAGCCAGGCCAUCAUCGAUCUGGCUACAUCCACUGUUCUUUCCAAGGCUGUUGUCCCUCGUGUCGCUCCAAGUGAGUCGUACAUGACAGUUGGUGAAUUUAUUCAAUUCCAGGACAAUUGUGUGGCAGACUCCAUGUUCCAAGAUGCCAUGACUGAAUUUGUUCUGCCUGAGGGCUUUGAGGUCAUGAUCGACCCUUGGCCAUAUGGUAGCCCGGAUCCCGGCACCACACCACCACGCCUGAUGCAGGGUCUUGUGUUUGCGCACGAUACUUCCAAGAAGAAUGCCGACGCAAACCAUUACUCUUAUCCCAUUCCCAUCAUUCCAGUUAUGGACUGGAAAACCAAGAAGCUCGUCCGCAUUGAUCGCCUUCCUACCGGUGGCAAGGGUGACCCCAUGGAGCCAGCACCCCGCGGGGAUAAACCCAAGGUCUUGUUUGAGCAGUCUCAGAGCGCAGACUACAUUCCCGAAUUGCUUUCAAUUCCUCAAAGAACCGACCUAAAACCCCUCAAUGUCGUGCAGCCUGAAGGUGCCUCAUUCACCAUUCAAGACGACGGCCUCAUCAAUUGGCAAAAGUGGCGAUUCCGCUUGGCCAACACCCCUCGAGAAGGUGCGGUUCUGUACGACAUUUGCUAUGAUAAUCGCCCCAUUGCCUACCGUCUCAGCUUUAGUGAAAUGACAGUUCCGUACGGAGAUGCCCGCAACCCUUUUCACCGUAAGCAGGCCUUUGACUUUGGUGAUGGUGGUAUGGGUCGUGCAGCCAACAGCUUGGAGCUCGGAUGCGACUGCUUAGGCGCCAUCCACUAUGUUGACUCGCUUUUGGUUGAGCCUGAUGGCUCUCUCAACCGCCUCAAGUCUACAGUCUGCCUACACGAGCAGGAUAAUGGUAUCUUAUGGAAGCAUACCAACUUCCGAACGGACAGAGCCGCUGUCGCUCGUAACAGAGAGUUUGUCGUGCAAUUUAUCGCCACCCUUGCAAACUACGAGUACGUUUUUGCUUACAAGUUUGAUCUUGCUGGCGGUAUCAGCAUUGAAACCCGCGCCACUGGUAUCGUUAGUGUCGUCGGUAUCGACUAUGGCAAGACCAGCGAGUAUGGCAACGUUGUUAGCCCCGGUGUCUUGGCCCAGAACCACCAACACAUUUUCGCAGUCCGACUUGACCCUGCUAUUGACUCGUACUCUAACGAGACCACUCAGGUCGUGGUGGAAGAAAACCGUCCUCAUAAGAUGAAUCCUGAAACAAACCCAUACGGCAACUUCUACGAUCUUGUCCGAGAGCCUGUUGAGAAGGCCACUUGGAUUGAUCUUGAUCCCCGAGUCAACCGCAGCAUCAAGAUUGAAAACUCGCAAAAGAAGAACGCCAUCUCGGGUAAGAAUGUUGCCUACAAGUUUGUCAACCCUCCCACGCAAAUGCUACUCGCAGACCCCAAUAGUAGAGUAUCGCUUCGUGCGCCCUUUGCCCAACACAACAUUUGGGUCACAGGUUACCGAGACGGAGAGCUCUGGGCUGCUGGCGAGUUCACAAACCAGAGCCAACAUGAAACUGGUGGCGUUGGCGACAUGGUUAAGCGAGGCGACUGGUUCGGCGAGAAGCCGGCAGAUGGCGCCUCGGCAGACGGACAAAAGAGCAGCCCAGUCGUCUGGGGCGUUUUCGGAUUGACUCAUAACCCUCGUGUUGAAGACUGGCCCGUCAUGCCCGUUGAGAUUCAUCAGUUGCACCUGAGACCCGCAGACUUUUUCACGGCCAACCCAGCUUUGGAUGUUCCAGGCACUAGAAACGAGAGCAGUGUCUUGGUUGCAUGCUGCAAUGGCAAGAAUGGCCCAGCUUAGGUUUGAUUGCGUGAUUAUAAGUACAAAUAUAUUAUCUAUAGUGGAGAUAUUAAAUUCGAGACUGUACUUUUCUACAUCUAAUGCUCAAUCUUAAGCGAAAAGUCGACAUGGGGGACGCCCUGGUGAAUAUAGCUUGUUGAGAUAAUGUCAAUGUCUAAAAUGCGUUAGUAAAUGUUCUUCAAAUCGCUGAUCAGGUCUGCUCACCAUUGCACACGUAUGCUGCCACAUUCUGGUUGGUCAAACCUCCUGAUACUUCCAGAAGGAAGUGUUUCUUGCCCUGCCAUCGCUCUUGGAGGCUCUUGGAUGCAAUCUUGACCCCAUCGCCAGUAAAGUUAUCGAGCAUCACAAUAUCCGCACCAGCAGCAAUAGCCUCGUCCGCUUCUUCUUCCGACUGAACCUCCACUUCAAUCUUCAUGGAAAAGCCAGCCACAGAUCGUGCAGCCACUACAGCUUCAGUGAUGCUUCCUCUGCUCCAGACAUGGUUGUCCUUGAGCAUCACCAUGGAGCUGAGGUCCAUGCGGUGGCCGUCGGCGCCACCAGCAAGCAUACCAUACUUCUCAACAAGACGGUAUCCGGGGGUGGUUUUGCGUGUGCCUGCAAGAAUUCCCUUGUAACCGCCUGCUCGAAGCAGGUCCACGAGCUCUUUGCUCCGUGUUGCGAUACCGGAGCAUCGAGACAAUGUGUUGAGAGCCACUCUCUCGCCCAGCAGCAGACCACGAGCCGGGCCAGUAACUGUAGCCACUUUCAUCUUGCCGCCGUUGGCGCUGAUGUCUACUGCGUCUCCCUCACUAGCGUGCCACUCUACUUUGCACCCGCACUGUUGGAAAACCUCGUCAAAAAAUGGUCGUCCUGCAAUGACUCCGGCUGACUUGCCCCAAAGGGUUGCGGUGCGAGGCUGCUCGCCUACAACGAAACCGGCAUAGUCGCAAGAAGGUGUGUCUUCGUCAAGCCAAGCUGUGACUUGAGUCUUCCAGCUGGGCGGUAAAAGAUGGGCAAGGUUGCCCUGCUGCAGUGGUGUCGUCAUGAUUGUUUGCGAGAAAAAUAAUUAUGUUGGAG